AUUUUCCGCACACUUGAGUUCCUGCUUCCAAACUCGACGGACUGAGUCUCGCCCUUUGCCCUUGCGAUCUGCUGAGCAUGACCUCGUUUGUUGUAGAAUAAUUGCAGGCUACAAAUUUACUUCGCCACGAUGGGGGACAUUAAGAAAUUCAAAGGCAAGAGAAAAAUUCCUGGAUUUAACGGAAACUUAUUGUUUUAUGCACACGGAAAGGAAUGUCUCAUGCAAAUUUCCGAAAAACUCAGUGUGGUUGACACAUUUGGGUGUGACAUGGUCGCUGGGGUCUGUCGUCACUUGCUUCUCAAUAAUUUUCCCGUGCACCAGAUUCAAGUCAUGUGCAACAAAUUGGAGAGAAUUAAACAAAUGAGUUCGCGUUUUCAAUGUCAAGGGUCGAAACCAUUCCAAGCGAUCAAGCUCCUCUACACUGAGGAUGACAACAUCGACACUGCCCCAUCAAGAUGUGUCACAAUUUUGGAUUUGGUCUCCUUGGGCAGCAAAGACGAGCAGAAGAACUUUAUUUGCAGCAUAUCUAAAGCUAUUGCAAAAUCACGAAAUGGUGUGAUAAUAAUUGCGUCCUUUAUGCUAAUUUUGAAAGCUAAUGACGAAGAGUGGGUGACCCUUAUAAAUAAGAUGUACAAGUCGGGUUACAUCAAGCCCUUCUUAUCAGUCCGGUGUGACACCCAUAAUAAAGUUUGUCGGGACAUCACUACUGCCGAGGAGUUGAGUCUAGCUUCCCCAAGAGGUGGAUGUUUGGAAAUCUGUCGUUGGAGAGGAUGUGGUCACGAGUGUGGAUCAGUCUGCCACCCAGUCAACACGGAUCACUGCAGCAACGGGGAUUAUCUAUGCAGGGAAACGUGUCAAUUAAUCUGCUGCAACGGUCAUCAUUGUAUUUUACCCUGUUAUCACGAUUGCGUGUGCGAAUGGGGAUGUAUAUUUUUACGAAAUUGUGGACAUCCUUUGGAAGAUAAAGAUACGGUUUGUUACCAACCUUGUCAAACUCCUCUCAAAUGUGGUCACCCCUGCAGUAAAAUUUGUUCCGAAUGCGACAAAUCCCACGAGGAUGUCGAAUGCAAGAAACGCUGCGAUAAAACGUGUCCGCGUGGUCAUCCAUGUGUUCCACACCGCUGCGAUAAGGACAAAGGAUGUCCCCCAUGCCGUAUUGUGACACAAUUGAAACUGGAAUGUCGCCAUAUGUUGACCAUCACCUGCAGCGACCCUGAUUUUGAUGAAGAGAAUUAUGUCUGUCACCUCCAAUGUGAGAGGACCUAUGCUUUUUGUGGGCACCGUUGCGUAAAAAGAUGUUACGAAGAAUGUGGCCCGUGUGAGACGAUUUCAUUAAGACCCCAUCCAAAAUGUGGACACCCUACACCGUCCCAAUGUCACGUUCCAAUUUUGGAUCCAUGUAUAUAUCCUGUCCAAGCAAAAAAUCCAUCUUUUUGUGGACACGAAAUUUUGGUCCCAUGCUAUUUGUCAGAUAAACUGUCAAGCGCGGACAUUUCAGUCUACUGUAGAGCAGACUGCGUCAAGGGAGUCACCAAUGUCUGUGGUCAUGAUUGCAAAGGAUCGUGCAUGAGGUGUUAUCAAGGUCGGUUCCAUAUACGAUGCACGGAGCCAUGUGAGAAGUCCUUGAUUUGCCGUCACUUGUGCAAGAUUCCAUGUUCAGCUAUAUGUCCCCCAUGCACGGAGAAGUGUGUGAAUACUUGUGAGCAUUAUUCAUGCCCAUAUGAAUGUGGGGUUCCGUGUGAAUAUGUCUGUCCAGAACCAUGCACAUAUUCUUGCGAACAUCUAUCUUGCAGCAAAAUUUGCGGAGAAACGUGUGACCGCGAAGGAUGUCGUGAACCAUGCCCAAAGCUUUUGCCUUGUCAACAUCCUUGCGUCGGGUUUUGCGGCGAAACUUGUCCCGACGGUUGCAGAAUUUGUACUCCAGAUAAAUUGAUUGACUUUUUGGAGCUAUCUGGCGAAGAAACGAGAUUCUACGUACGAAUCCCACCGUGUGGACAUGCCAUCGAAGAAUCCAACCUCACAGAAUGGCUUAGCACGAAGAACACCGAGAUUAAAUUAAAAUUUUGUCCAAUCUGCCUGGUCCCUAUUCAUCCUACUUUGAAACGAUUCUCAUUGCAAAUUCAGGAAUGCUGGAAAGAUGUUCAACAAGUAAAAUCUGCAAUCCGAGGUGACGAAAAUGAGAUCAAGAAACGACUUGAACAAAUUGAGGGCGACGUAAUCAAAAUCCUUGAGUCUGGGUCCUACGUCCCAAAAUUUCCAAAGCUUGGCAACCACAUUCUGACUGAAUUAAGAAAACCGAUGAAAACAACUAACAAGUCUCGGGUUACCUUUGACUCGAUGUCCCUGGGCAAAGUCCAGUGCAUCGAGUGGGUCUUUAAGGAAUGGAAACGAGUCGAGGAAAGUCUCCCCCUGUACGAGAAUUUAUGGAUACCCGAAUAUUUCAACAAGUUUAAAGCUGAACAUACCAGACUUUUUGAUUUUACAAUGCGUCGGAUUUGGCCUCUUCACGUCAAUGAGGUCGAAGCGAUAAGGUUGGAGUUUACUCGUGUCUCGGACAUUCAACGCCUCUAUGAGCGGAUCUCACUCGAGAUGGAAGACCACAUUCUGAAAUUAGGAAAAAGUGUCGAGGGGCAGAAAAAGUUUCGAGAAGCUGAGGCUGCACUCUAUCUUCGUCAGCCAUACACUGAAGAAGCACAGAUUGAAUUUGACAGGAAAUUUAAGGUAUUCAGCAGAAUUCAAAACUACACUCUACAAUUGACGGAUCGGGAACGACAAGAAAUCGUGGAUGCGUUUGGGACACGUGCUGGGCGCUGGUUUAAAUGCCCAAAUGGACAUGUUUUUGUCGUCACGGAAUGCGGGGGUCCAACAGAACGUGGAUUAUGUAACGAGUGCGGGGCACCAAUCGGUGGGGAGGAUCAUCAACUGAUUGAAGAAAAUCAACUCGCCACAGAAAUGGAUGGGGCGCAAGCUCCGAUUUGGACCACGGCUUUGCAGCGCUGAAACUAUACGAAAUAUUUUCAUAUUCUCAUCCAUGUUUUUCAACUGCGUAUAAAUUAUGCAUUUUUGUUAAUAUAAUGCAAUUGGAUAUAUACUUUUAUAUACUUUUCGUUGCCUUUUUCAUGAAUUAUUUUUAUAUGUUUUCUAAACAUCAUGGACCAUGAUUCGUGGUCACAUUUCGAUUUAAGUUUUUAAUCGAGCUAUUUAGAAUUUUUGUUAUUGCUUUUUGGACUUGAAUGAACUAUAUGAACUACAUGAAGCAAUAAACCAAAAAUUAAUUAAUUA